AACCGCCUCUUUCGUUUUGCCUUCCGCAUAUCCAGCAUGCUUUAUAUUAUUACUAGAAACUAGUACACCCUUCAUAUACAUUUGCAGCAGAAUUAGAAUAUUAUUUUAUAGCAGCAAAACACUUGCUUUUCUGAUCAUUCAGACCCCAUCUUCUUACAUUAAUUUUUUUUUUUUGCAUGUGGAGGUGUGAGAAUUGUAACUAGAGUUUCUUGCUGCUCAAGGUUUUGUUUAUAAAAAUAUAGAAUAAAAAGGGUGGCUCCUUUAAUUCUUUGUUACUGUUAAACUCCAGAUAUCCUGGACAGCUGCUCAACAAAUCUUUGCUUUCUUCUUCAUCAUUGAACUCCCAAAGUGUGAUUCUUAAAGGUUGCAUACCGAAGAAUAUCAGCUGUGGUAAGUCGUGCACUGGACAUGGCAUUGGUGAGGGCUGCAAGGAGUAGCUUAAGGCGCUCCGGAGGUGCAGUUGGAAUCUAUGCCAGUGAAAGAAAUAAAUUCUGUGAAGGCAUUUCAUCAUUGAGUCAUCCCGCAUCUAUUUCUGAAAAUGCUGUAGCAGGUUUCAAUUCAUCAUACAUUCCAAGCAUACAGAGGAUAAAUGAAAUAAGUCUUGGGAAAAGAGGAGUGAAGUUUACCCCUCAAUAUCAGUUUUCACAUGCACAAGCUCAAGUGGUUGAGGAUUCUGAUUCAGAGCAUGAAAGCUUAAAGUGUCCUAGCCUUGAAGCAACAAAACCAGGCGAAAAGCCUAGAGUUGUUGUUCUUGGCUCUGGUUGGGCUGCUUGCAGGUUCCUUAAAGGGAUAGACACUAAGUUAUAUGAUUUGGUUUGUAUAUCACCAAGAAAUCACAUGGUCUUUACCCCUUUGCUUGCAUCUACUUGCGUUGGAACAUUGGAAUUUCGAUCAGUUGCUGAACCAGUUAGUCAGAUACAGAAAGCAUUGGCUAAGGAUCCAAAUUCAUAUUUCUUCCUAGCAUCCUGCUCUGGUGUUGACACUGAUAAACACGAAGUGUACUGUGAAACUGUUGGCGAUGAAGGAGUCCCUCAUGAGCCUUAUCGAUUUAAAGUUGCAUAUGACAAGCUUGUAAUUGCAUCUGGAGCUGAUCCGUUGACCUUUGGCAUAAAGGGGGUAAGGGAAAAUGCAUUUUUCCUUCGUGAAGUAUAUCAUGCCCAAGAAAUCAGGAAGAAGCUUCUUUUGAACUUGAUGCUCUCAGAAAAUCCAGGCAUUUCAGAAGAAGAGAAAGAGCGCUUGUUGCACUGUGUUGUUGUUGGAGGUGGCCCUACAGGGGUUGAAUUCAGCGGGGAACUAAGUGAUUUUAUCAUGAGAGAUGUACGUCAACGUUAUGCUCAUGUCAAAAACUACAUUCGCGUAACCCUCAUUGAGGCUAAUGAGAUCUUGUCUUCAUUUGAUGUUGGAUUGCGACAAUAUGCCACAAAGCAUUUGACUAAGGUUGGCGUCCGCCUUGUUCGAGGUGUUGUAAAAGAAGUACAUCCACAUAAAAUAGUUCUCAGUGAUGGAAGUGAUGUCCCAUAUGGCCUUCUCGUUUGGUCUACUGGAGUUGGUCCUUCUGAAUUUGUUAGAUCACUAAAUGUUCCUAAAUCUCCUGGUGGAAGGGUUGGAGUCGAUGAAUGGUUGCGAGUUCCUUCUGUAGAAGAUGUGUUUGCACUGGGAGAUUGUGCUGGUUUUCUUGAACACACUGGAAAGCCGGUGCUUCCGGCCCUUGCUCAGGUUGCUGAAAGGCAAGGGAAGUACCUUGUUGGAUUGUUCAACAACAUUGGGAAACAGAAUGGAGGCAAAGCUCUCGCUGCCAAAGAAAUCUCUCUAGGAGAUCCAUUUGUCUAUAAGCAUCUUGGAAGCAUGGCAUCUGUGGGGCGUUACAAAGCCCUUGUUGAUCUCCGCCAAUCUAAGGAUGAAAAAGGCAUCUCAUUAGCAGGCUUCGUAAGCUGGUUUAUUUGGCGCUCUGCAUAUCUGACUCGAGUUAUCAGCUGGAGGAACAGGAUAUAUGUGGCUAUGAACUGGGCGACAACGUUAGUCUUUGGCAGAGACAAUACUAGGAUUGGAUAAAACUAGCACUUGUUGCAGGAUUCAUGUUUCAGAUCCACUUUUUGAACACUUGAUAAACUACUUAAGUGUGUCAAGUGUGAGCAUAUUUGAAGCUCCAAAAUGCUAAAUGCAGAUAGAAGAGAUCAAAUACGGGAAUAAGAAGCAAGAUCGACUUUGUUUCUUUAAUCAUUUUGUGUGUACACUUUUCUAGUGAUUCAUGAGAUAUCAAAUUACUAAUCCUAAUGUAUAUAAGAUAAGCCCCUUGAGUUUUUACUCAUUUCCCGUACAUUAAGUAUAAUUAGUACUAUGUGAUUUUACUAAAUAUUAAGUGAAAAACAUCUCAAGUUACUUUUUUAUUCCCAAA